AUGGGCUACCUCGACGACGAGAUCAAGCGCCUCGAGGGCAUCAUCUCGACCCUCGACGGUCGGGUGCGGGCGCUGGAGACCAGGCAGGUCGGCGGCAGCCAGAAGAAGACGGCCGAGGAGAUUCGCAUGAUUCUCAUCGGCCCUCCCGGUGCUGGCAAGGGGACACAGGCCCCCAAAAUCAAGGAGAAGUUCAACUGCUGUCACCUGGCCACCGGUGACAUGCUGCGCUCCCAGGUCGCCAAGAAGACCACGCUCGGCCGGGAAGCUAAGAAGAUCAUGGAGGCAGGCGGCCUUGUCAGUGAUGACAUUGUCAUUGGCAUGAUUAAGGAGGAGCUAGAUAACAACAAGGAAUGCAAGGGCGGCUUCAUCCUUGAUGGCUUCCCUCGCACCGUUCCGCAGGCCGAGGGCCUUGACAAGAUGCUGCGCGAGCGAAACCAGCAGCUGCAGCACGCCGUCGAGUUGAAGAUCGAUGAUCAACUGCUCGUCUCCCGCAUUACCGGCCGUCUCGUCCACCCGGCCAGUGGCCGUAGCUACCACACCACCUUCAACCCGCCCAAGAAGGCCAUGACCGACGACAUCACCGGCGAGCCGCUCAUUCAGCGCAGCGACGACAACGCCGAGGCCCUCAAGAAGCGCCUGGCCACUUACCACAAGCAAACCGCCCCCGUUGUCGACUACUACCGCAAGACCGGCAUCUGGCAGGCCAUUGACGCCGCCCAGGCUCCCGGGCAGGUCUGGAAGAGCCUCCAGACCAUCUUUGACAACGACAAGGCCAAGGCCAAGUCGGCUGGCGCUGGCCUCUUGAACAAGCUCUCGCCCCGCUCGUAG